AAAGAAAAGAAAAAUAGGAAAAAAUUGUUCUAGAUAGAAUGGAGACCGAGAUGAGCGAAGCAUAUUAUGGAGUUUACUGCUCAUCCAAAGAGAUUCUCAAAAAUAAUCAGCGUCAUUUAUAUUGCAGCAUGCUGGAUUUAUUAACGAGCACCUGUAAAACAACAAGCCUAAUGGGUGGUAAAAUAGCCAAUGAUGAAAUGUUCAAUUUUUGGCUGAAUGAUAUUUUACCUUUAAUGUUUGAUGCGGAUCGUGCCAUACAAAGUAAAGCAGUUGAAGCUUUUGAACAGGGCAUGAUUUCAUUGGAUAUUGAAACCAUGCAUAAAUGUAAACAAUGGCCUGCGCUAAAAGCUGCUUUGACUGCAGAGGCCAGUAAAAUACACAAAUUAUUAGAGAAUCGUAAUUCCUCUUGGUAUCGAGUAUGGGGUUUUUUUAUACGUCUUUUAGAUCGUGAACUAGCAAAAAAGGCCAGCACAAUAAACACUUUCUUGGCUAUAGUGGAAAUGGGUUUUCGUAAUGGUGACAACACCGUGAGAAUAGAAUCGUUUCAUUGUUGGCGUUUGCUUAUCCAAAUAUUUGCCAAAUAUAUGGAAAUAAGUUCUCCCAAACGAUUAAAACUUAUUUGUAUACCAUUGAAAUCGUCGCAAUCCAAAUCAGCUUUGGGUGCUGAAGUGAAAUUGCGCGUAUGGUGGUAUUUGCUGACUUGUUUGGAUAGUGACUUAGUGAAACAUUUCGAGAUGUGUGUCGGACCAUUUCUAAUAUUUUGUUUUGGUAACGGGUCGUCGUCAGAAACAUCGGUGUGUACCGCACAACAAUAUGAAAUAGUUAAAGAACUGGCUUUGCUUUGUUUAGCUAAAUUGCUCAGCUGUGGUAAAAAUGAGACAUUAGAACGUUGUCUGCGUGAGAGAAAGUUGGAAAAUCUUUCGGUACCAUCUCCUUUACUGGACUCUGAAAUUCUAGAAAAGUAUUGGCAACCUCUAGUUAAGGCUUCUUUUCAAGCUUUGCGUUUAAUAACGCUAGAGGAUCAACAAAAUCCAGAUCAGGAUUUAGGCAGGCAGUUACUUUAUCAGCAACUUUUGCGGCAACUUAUGUUAAUGACCUUAAGUAAGGAUAUACCUCUGUUAACCGCUUAUGUCGCAGACGCUUUGGUUCCUAUGAUAAAGGAUUCUCCUCGCUUAGUAGGCUAUGCUAUGAAUAUAUUAGCGUCCGAAGUUUUGCAUAUGCGGAAAACUGUCGAAAAUUUGGAUAUAUUCGGUAGUGUAAUAAAAGGAUUUACUCGUCUUUUUAUAAAAGGGCAAGCCAUUAUACCCCCAGCCAUAUUAGAAAGAUGUGUACAGAGGGUUUUUAGCUUGGAAUUGCAUGAAAGUGGCACACAAAAGUGGCGUUUUUUAAACACGUUGCUGGAACAUAUCUUCCACUGCCAGAAUGAGGACGAGGAUUACCAGGCCUUUGAAAUGAAACUAUUGAUUUGGUUAAAGGUUUCCCACGAUUUAAUGCAAUAUUUGAAACAAAACCUUUUGGAUGUAAGGAUUAAAGAGAAUGCCACUGCAGUGGAACGUUGGUUGUUAUGGCCUUUGCAGUUAAGUGUCGGUUUUGCUGGUAUUCGCUCUAAUAAUAGUUUUGAUCAAGUAUUCUGUACAGUGUGGUGUCAACUUUUGCGUGCCGGACAAAAUUCUCCAGAUCGUCCAAAAUUUUUAAGUCAAGUGAAAAAUAGUUUGAAAGAAUUAUUACUAACCCGCAAUGAAACAAUGUCGUUUUCUGAACUCUUCGAUGCUUACGUGACGAAUGUCUUGACGUUGGAAAACACACGCAACCGGCAAAAGAAAUUCAAAGAGGUAUUCGAUUUAAUGCAGGAACUUCUAAAGCAGCACCAAGAGCCAUUUAAAUUGCCAAAAGAUAUAUUAAGAGCUGCUUUGGAUACUUUUUCCAAGGCUUUAAUGAAAUUGAAAAAUGAAGAUAUCUCUGAAUUGUUUGACAACCUUCGAGAAAUUGCAACAUCCGUAAAGCGUUUUAAUGAUAAAGACAUGGAUACCUGUUUCCUGGAGGAAUGGAAGAAGGCAGUUUUAGAUAAGUUGCGCCAACAUCCCGCUAAAGAGUUGCUUUCCCAAAUGAAAGAGAUUUUGAAAGGUAAUGACAUGUUGUUUGUUGUUAUACCCUCUGUAUGGAGCCUAAAUCCAGAUAAAUUAACAGAACGCCAAAAGGAGCGAAUGGCUGAAAAGCAAGAUAUACCUGCUUUAUAUAAUGAUAUGAGUCAAUCCCAAGAUAGUUCGUUGAAACCGUGGACGCCAAAAAAAAUUGUCAUUGCUCAGAAAGAUAAGUCUGAAAUUGUUUUGGAAAGCCAGGAGCCUAACAAAGAUGAAGAAGAGGAGAGAGACAAAGACAAAGGUAAUGGGGUUAAAAGCUCACCUAAAUCUAAACAAUCAGAAGAAGGUGAGAAGUAUAACACGCGCAAUAACAGUAAAAAACAGGAGGCAUUAAAAAAGAUAGAAGAAGAAACGAAAGAGGAGAAGGACAAAGUGACAAGAGUAGCUGGCGAUAACCAAACGAAGAAGCCGCAAUCACGCAAACUUUGUUUACGCGCCAAAAACGAUGUUAAAAAUCCUGAGGAAAAAUCAAAAUCUCCGCUUAUCCCGGAGGAAAAAAUUCAUCAUAACCAACAAGAGGAGACGGCUGCGGAGGCGUUAGUUAGUGCGGCUCUUCCGCAAAGUGAAGAUUUGUUCAAAGAGUCCGAAAUAAUACUAGAAGAGCAUAAACUUAAAAAAAAUAAAGUACAAGAGCCAGAAACCGAAGUGAAUACUGCAGAUCUUAUGGCGAAUUUAGUAAACGAAAGCCCUGCAGAACGAGUGAAGGACAGAGAAAUUGUAGACUUAACAAACACGGAAGAAGAAAUUUUAUCACCAAGCGAUAAAAAUUCAUCUAACGCUCUUCAUAUCAAUGAAAAUAGAGAGAAUGAUUCAAUUGAGAACCUUGAAAACACUGCCAUACUCCAUUGUAAGGAAGGUCAAUCGUUGAAUGAGAUAACACCGGUGAAAGAGAUUUCGCCGAAAAAGAUAAUACCUACUACUAAAUUUACAUUAUUGUCUUCUCCUCCUGGACGUAAGAUAAUUAACAACAGCACCAGUCCUACGUUAAAACCGAAACCUUGUUCACAUUUAACGGGCCGUGGAGCUCAACUGAUUAACAUGAUACGACAGAAAAAACUGGAGGCUAAUAGCAACCAAUCGACAAGUGUAGCUUCUACGCCGCAUCAACAACGUAGUGCUCACGGUGAACUGAUGGAAUUGACUGGUACAGAACACACUUCUACACCAUUACAAACCAAAGAGCUUUUGGUUUUUUCUAAACGUCUACCAUCGCCGACAGCCAGUCCUUCUGUUAGUAUACUAAAACGUAAAUUGCAUCAGGAUACCCUAGAUGAUAUGACACCGUACGACUCACCCGCUACGAAGCGAAAAAGAGUGAGUUUUCACGAUCCCCCGGUUUCCGUGACAAAGGAAUAUAUUAGAGAUGUAGAAGAAAGUAAAACUAAACCCAAACGUUGUCUCAUUAUGGAUAAAAUAAACACUUCGCCCUCGCCGUUAGAGAUUAAAUAUGUCUUAAGAAGACGUAGCAAAUUGGAUAGCUUAAUCGAAAUUGAAAAAUAUCCUCAUAACGCGGAAGGUAAUAAUGAGAAGAGCCCUGCUGAUGGAAAAACAUCAACAGAUAUGGAUAUGGUAGAUGAGAAUGCUUUAGAUUCGCUUAGAUGGGAUGACAGUCGUAAUACAUCUGCCAAUAGUGACGAUAACCCAGCAGAAGCAGGCAGUAGUACUUCUGAACUGCCCUCGGACAAUAGUGCCUUAGACAUGCCUGAUGAACAUCAAUGCACAUCUCAUAGCCUAGCAGCUGAGUUAAAUCUUGAAAAUGCUUUGAAAAUAGUUACAGAACAGUGUUCAUUGGAUAACCUAUUGAUCAAAUAUUUUAAUCUCGAAAAGUCACCACAACUUAAAUUUACAAAUACUGUAGCAAAAUUUCUCUCAGACGCUAUGAUUACACAUGCAAAAAUCAAAAGCAAUGUCUUGGAGACUUUUUCAGAAAAUCAUUCGAAAGAUUUUCUAGAUCAUGCCGUACAAGAGAAUCUCUCAACUGUGGUGUGCGAUCGUCUUAAUCUAAAUUCGGUUAUAGAAUACGUUUGUGCCAAAUCGCAAAUCAAUUCGAAUUGUCGUAAUAAUCUUCUGGAGCAGUUACCUAAUGUUUUGAAAAAUUGUAAAAACGAAGAGGAACGUGUUGGUCACGUUAAAAACUUAUUACGGCAAUGUCAAUUCUCCGACGAACAUAUACUUGACUUAAUAAGCACAUUAAUGCGUUUUCGCAACAACAAAACCCCAACCGAUACCAUACAGAUGACUACGGCGUCGUUAGUGUCGGAAUCUGCCGCAGACUCUUCAUCUAAUUUGUAAUUUUUAUGCAUAUGGGUUUGCCCUUAGUUUCAACGGCUAACAAUUGUUUUAUAAAUAUA